AGAUCUAGGAGAGAGAAAGAGAGUUGAGCCAUGGAGUUCCAAUUUCUGCCAAUCAAGAUCACACUUUCAAUUUUCUUUCUGGUUUUAUUUAGCAUACUCGUAAAUCUAUUCAAUUCCUUGAUAUUGAAGCCUGGAAGGCUUCGUUCAAAGCUUCGAAAGCAAGGGAUCCGUGGUCCUCCACCAGCCAUUCUGCUCGGAAAUAUCAAGGAGAUAAAGAAGACACAAACACAUCCUGAAGUGUCAAAGUCAUCAAAAGGAGAAGAACCAAUAUCCCACAACUGUUCUUCCCUUCUCUUUCCCUUCUUCGACCAAUGGAGACAACAGUAUGGGUCGACAUUUAUGUUUUCACUGGGAAACAUACAGAUCCUGCACAUGAUCCAUCCUGAUGUGGUGAAAGAAAUAAUCACAUGCACUUCUCUAGAUUUGGGAAAGCCUUCCUAUCAGCACAAGGAGCGCGGUCCCCUGCUAGGCCAGGGCAUCCUGACUUCCAAUGGUGCCAUAUGGGCUCAUCAGAGGAAAGUCCUUGCUCCUGAGUUGUACAUGGAGAAAGUUAAGGGAAUGAUAAAAUUAAUGGCAGAUUCUUCAAUUACUCUGGUUAAUUCAUGGAAGAGUCAAAUCGAAUCUGGGGGUGGAGUUGCAGACAUUAAGAUUGACAAUUGCAUGAGAAGUUUCUCUGGAGAUGUUAUCUCCAGAGCCUGUUUCGGAAGCAAUUAUGCCAAAGGGGAAGAGAUCUUCUUAAAGCUUAGAGCUCUUCAAGAAGCCAUGUCAAAGAAAGUCUUGGCUAGUGGGAUUCCUGGAAUGAGAUACCUUCCAACAAAGAGCAACAGGGAAGCAUGGAAGUUAGAGAAGGAUAUUCGCCGAUUGAUCUUGAACGUGGUGAAGGAAAGGAAGGAAGCAUCAUCAGAAAAGGACCUGUUACAGAUGGUCCUGGAAGGAGCUACCACAGGCAGUGAAUUAGGCCAAGAUGCAAUAGACCGCUUCAUUGUUGACAACUGCAAGAACAUAUAUUUGGCAGGAUACGAGACCACUGCUGUCUCCGUCACAUGGACAUUGAUGCUUCUGGCCUUACAUCCAGAUUGGCAGGAAAGAGUUCGUGCAGAAGUUUCCACUAUCUGCGGAGGUCAGUUGCCGGACUCAGACAUGAUUCGUAAGAUGAAGACGUUGACAAUGGUGAUCAAUGAGUCUCUCCGGCUUUACCCACCAGUGGCUGUAAUUUCUAGGGAGGCGCUGAAGGACAUGAAGUUCGGUGGGAUUCAUGUUCCUAAAGGAGUUAACAUCUGGACACUGUUGGUGACACUUCACCAGGAUCCCGACAUAUGGGGACCAGAUGCUCAUGAAUUUAAUCCUGAAAGGUUUUCUAAUGGAGUCACUGGAGCCUGCAAGCUUCCACAUGUGUACAUGCCAUUUGGAGUGGGUCCACGCACAUGUCUAGGCCAGAAUUUCGCCAUGGCAGAGCUCAAGAUAGUCGUUGCUCUUCUUGUCUCAAACUUCUCACUCACUCUGUCUCCAAAAUAUAGACACUCUCCUGCUCUAAGGUUGGUUAUAGAACCUGAACAUGGAGUGCAUCUUUUGGUCAGGAAGCUGUGAGCUAGCUAUGAAUCCCCAUCACUGAUUUCCUCUUCUUUGGUCCUCCUAGCUGGUUUGGAUUUUCGUCAAACAUUCAGACAUAAGCAAAACCCUCUUUAAUUACUCCGUUUUAUUUCUUGUAGAACUUCCAAACUACAAGAAUAAUGUCAUGCAUUUGUGUUUUAGCAAAGCAGAAUUAAGGUCAUAUUGCGUGCUAUAUAUCCUUCGAUAAAUGCAAAUUAAAAAU